AUGGGCAAGGCGAAAAACAAAAUCAAGUAUCCAAAACAACCCCCACCCCGUAUGCAUUUCAGAUAUAGUUCUUCUGGGGACCCUCUCUACGGCUGGGAAGUCGUCGACUCCAUCAUUGCAUCGCUCGGCACAUUCGCGGAUCUUGUAGAGUCGUUCACGAUCGAAAAAUCCGAUGCGCAGUACUAUGCGUUUGAAAAAGUCAAAGAGGAACUCUGCACCGCCGUUGUCGAUGCCGCAAACUCCCUGUCCUCGAUUUGGAACUCUGUCGUUGAUCCCCAAAACUCGUCUACGGACGCGGCUCCGAUGGAGGCCAGGAGCGUGUAUCUGAAAUUGCUGACUGACACUUCGCUCCCCGGAUACUGCAACGAGAUCAAACGGAAUUUGCGACAACCGUGGGAGCACGCGACGCGCGAUGGCACCAUUGGCCAGCCAACGGACCUGGAGACUUAUAAAGACCGGUUGCAGAAAUUGAUGCCGAAAAUUCAAGCAGGGUUGAAAAUAUUCCUAGAGCCGGAGAUUUCGAACGGAUUGACACAGAAGGAUACUGGACUGCCCAGGAAAUUCGCACGGCAUCUCUCCGUGCCGGUUUCCUCUCCGCUGAAGAACACGGCCAUACCCUCAGAUCCCAAGAAGAAGAACUGGUGUGUGGUCAUGUAG